AUGGCCCAGUCAGCAGACACAAUGUCUCUGCAGGUGGUAUCAGCCGUCAGCAAUUCCUCCUUGCUUCAGCCGGGCUUCUCCCUCCUCAAUUUUGAUGGGGAUGUUUUCUUUUUCGGGCAGAAAGGAUGGCCAAAGAGAUCCUGUCCCACUGGCCUGUUCCUCCUCGAUAGAAAACAGAAUGAGCUCAAAAUGAAACCUGCCUUCUUCUCUAAGGACUCCUGUUACCUGCCCCCGCUCCGCUACCCUGCUCUUUGCACGCUCAGGGGCAACGCGGAUUCUGAUGAGCACCAGUAUAUCAUCCAUGGGGGGAAAACACCUAACAAUGACCUUUCAGAUAAGAUUUACGUGAUGAGUCUGGUCAGCAAAAGCAGCAAGAAAGCCACGUUCCAAUGCGUCGAGAAAGACCUGGAUGGAGAUGUCCCCGAAGCUAGAUAUGGGCAUACAAUCAACGUAGUUCAUAGCCGGGGAAAAAGCAUGAGUGUUAUAUUUGGGGGGCGAUCGUACACUCCUCUGGCUCAAAGAACCACUGAAAAUUGGAACAGUGUAGUUGACUGUUUGCCAUCUGUCUUUCUUCUUGAUUUUGAGUUUGGAUGCUGUACGUCGUACAUGCUUCCAGAGCUUCAGGAUGGACUGGCUUUCCACGUUUCCGUUGCCAGGAAUGACACCAUCUACAUUUUGGGAGGCCAUUCGCUUCAAAAUAACACCAGGCCCCCCAGUUUGUACAAGCUAAAAAUUGAUCUUCCCCUGGGCAGCCCAUCUGUGACCUGCACCGUCUUGCCAGGGGGGAUAUCUGUGUCCAGUGCCAUAGUGACUCAAACAAGUGAUAAUGAAUUUGUCCUUGUUGGGGGCUACCAGUCUGACAACCAGAAACGGCUGGUGUGUAACACCAUAGUUCUGGAAGAUAAUAAGAUAGAGAUUGUUGAAAGGGCAAGCCCGGACUGGACACCAGAAAUUAAACACUGCAGGAUCUGGUUUGGCUGUGACAUGGGCAAUGGCUCUGUCCUGCUGGGCAUUCCGGGGGCCAACAAACAGUUAACCUCAGAUGCAAACUACUUCUACAUUUUGAGAUGCAAAGAGGAAGAAGAGGACAAGGAGGAAGAACUGACAGCACCGAUUUGCAGUCAGACGUCGGCCGACGACCCUGGAGACUCCACUCCUCUUGAAGAUUCAGAGGAGUUUUGUUUUAGUGCUGAAGCCAGUAGCUUUGACAUGGAUGAUGCUGACACUUACAAUGAAGAUGAUGAAGAAGAUGAGUCAGAAACAGGCUACUGGAUCACCUGCUCUGCCACUUGCAACGUUGACAUUAACACCUGGGUCCCUUUCUAUUCGACAGAACUCAACAAGCCUGCAAUGAUCCUGUGUUCUGGUGGGGCUGGCCACUGGGUCCACGCACAAUGUAUGGACCUCUCAGAGACCAUGCUCCUGCAUCUCUCAGAAGCAAACAUCAAGUACUUCUGCAACGAGCAUGUUGACCUUAAUAAAGGGCUGCAAACCCCCAAAAAGGUGCUGCACCUGAAAAAGCAACCCAUGAAACCAUUGCGCAAGAAGGCAACCGUGAAGCUAACACCAACCAAAAAGUCCUUUCUCAGGAGACUGUUUGACUAG